AGUUUGGAGGGAAUCGGAAGCCAUGAACCGGCGAGAAGGAGAGGAGAGAGAUGGCGCCAAGAUUCUCCUGGCAUCGGUGGCCGCGAUGGCGGCGGAGACGGCGACAUUUCCCAUAGACAUCACGAAGACAAGGCUUCAGCUUCACGGCGAGUCCGUCUCCUCUCCGGUCCGUUCCGCCUCAGCCGUCCGUGUCGCCGCCGAGAUUGUCCGUCGCGAAGGCCCUCGGGGACUCUACAAGGGCUUGUCUCCGGCAAUAAUCAGGCACCUCUUCUACACUCCCACUCGAAUCGUCGGUUACGAGCACUUGCGCGGCACUUUCGUCUCCACCGAUAAUUCACUUUCUCUCCCUGUCAAAACGCUCCUCGGCGGCAUUUCCGGCCUCAUUGCACAGUUAAUUGCAAGCCCUGCUGAUCUUGUUAAGGUCAGAAUGCAAGCAGAUGGUUGUCUGAUGAGCCAAGGUCUCCAACCCAGGUACUCAGGGCCUAUUGAUGCUUUCAGUACAAUCUUACGAACAGAAGGCUUCAUAGGACUUUGGAAAGGCGUCUUCCCAAAUGUCCAAAGGGCAUUUCUAGUGAACAUGGGAGAACUAGCUUGCUAUGAUCAUGCAAAACGAUUUGUUAUUCACAACCGGCUUGCUGGUGACAACAUUUAUGCCCACACAUUGGCCUCGUUCAUGUCCGGUCUUUCAGCAACCCUUUUGAGUUGUCCAGCUGAUGUAGUUAAGACGAGAAUGAUGAAUCAGAGAGCAGACAAGGAAGGCGAGGUUAAAUAUAGAAACUCUUAUGACUGUCUUGUGAAGACUGUUAAAAUAGAAGGGCUUAGAGCACUUUGGAAGGGUUUCUUUCCCACAUGGGCAAGGCUUGGACCCUGGCAAUUUGUGUUCUGGGUCUCCUAUGAAAAAGUCCGUCAAAUUACUGGGCUUUCUUCUUUCUGAUGAAUUCUUUAAUCCAUGUAAAAUCUGCUUAUGCUUUUACAUAGCAUUAUUACUUGUUAGUUCUUAGAGCAAUUUGGAAGGGUUUCUUUCCCACAUGGGCAAGGCUUAGACCCUGGCAAUUUGUGUUCUGGGUCCCCUAUGAAAAAGUCCGUCAAAUUAAUGGGCUUUCUACUUUCUGAUGAAUUCUUUGAUCCAUGUAAAAUCUGCUUAUACUUUUACAUAGUAUUAUUACUUGUUAGUUCAACCCAGACCAUGAACCCUUUAUGUGGUUCAUCAGAUUCUGGGCUUGCAGAUCUCUCAAAUUCUUGGGGAACGUGCAGUUCUUCAAUUCUGAUUUACUGAUUGGUCUGUAAUCCCAACAAAAAGGGCCGAGAUCUCAUAACUGGCUACGUGCAAAGGUUCCCUCUCUACCCCAUCAACAAUUUCUUGAAACUCCGAUAUGAAAGGAGCCCUUCAGAAUUUGGGCACUUUCAUUCGGUGGUUGCAUGGUAUUUUGAGUGGGUUGGAGUGAAUGGCUGUCAUUAACUGAGGCAAUUUACAAGGGUUGUUGGCUGUUGGCCCUGUGAUUAGCCAAUUAUGAGUGGCUAUAUUGAAGUGCUAACCAAACGUAGCGUUGGCAUCGUGUAAUUGAGUUCGUUGCUUGCUGCUGCACAUGGUGUAAAUGAAAGCCUUGUAAAUGGAUGAUUUACGCCGAUUGCUGUAAAUGUGGACGCUUGGGUGAUGCUCAAAGCUGUUGGCUUUCUAGAUCUCUCUGAUAUUAUGAUAAACCUACUUGUGUACGCCGUUCCCGUGUUGUCUCCGCAGCUACUCGAGCGCUCAAGUAACUACGGGGUGAUGAAAUUUCAGUCAUCUGAGAUAGUUCCAUCUGCCCCAUUUCUUUAAAUCUGCAGAUUGGAAAUAUCGUUGUUAAAUUGUUUGAAAUUUGCAAGAAAAAGAACGAUAAGAGGUCUUAGGACAGUUUUUCGCAAAUAUUACAAUACUUAAGUCACACACUGAAUACUUGAAUGAUGUGUUAAAAUCAA